ACGGUUUUGGCUGGUUCUGUGAUUUUGUGCAGGAAUUUCCUGCCUACGUUUAGUCCCUCGGUCGUCCGUUUAAUUUAAUUGUAGUUCAAUGUGCAAGCGGAAGUCGCGAUUGUGUGAGUGGUAAGCCCCUGCAUAGUUGUGGGCUUUUAACGUCGCCAGCAUGGCCAAAAAAAUACCUUUCAAUGUGGUAUUCGCCUCAGACGAGGAUGUUUCCUUUCCGGCCAGCGAGCUUAACACACACGGACCCACUGUCCACGGCUGGCGGAGUGCUACGGACAGCGGACUCACCACCCAUGACAUAAUCCUCCGUUUCCACCAGCCUGCCAAGAUCUAUCGCAUCCAACUUCUGGCCCACCAGUAUCUCAUACCUGAGAAAGUGGAGCUCUGGCUGCACUAUUCGCCCAAAUCCCUGCCCAGCACACCGUCGUCGCAGUACUUUGACUUCCUUGGCUUUGUGGCCUUGGCGGACAACGCCUACACCAACUACAAAUCGAGGGAGCUGCAGAGCGUCACUGUUAGUCCCAGGAGGGGUACGCACCUGAAGCUGCGCCUUAUUGGAGUCCACGGCAACGAAUUCAAUGCCGCAAAUCAGAUCUCUCUGCUGGCAGUCAACGUUUUGGGUGAGGACCUGGAAGUGAGCCCAACCAACAAUGCCAACAAUGGCGAGGAGCACCACUCAGGCAGCGACGCCCCACCGUUGGACACAGCCACCGGGGAACUGGCUUUGGCCUCAGUCUGCGACGACCUGCUCUUCUCCAUGUACGUCGAGGAGUCCAUCGUUCACUACAUCCGGGAGCUGGAGCAGCGCAAGGCACAGGCUGUCAGUGCCGAGCGAUUCGAAUACGCCCGCAAGUUAAAGCUCUGCAUGACCGCUUUGAGAAGCGCCGGUGAGCGCCUGGGACGCUAUGCCCUGGCUAAACGGCAGGCGGUGCAGCAGGAGGACUUCACCACAGCUCGUCUGCGCAAAGACCAGAUCGAGAUGUAUCGGACAGCGGUGCUACGCCAACUGCAGGUGCAGCAGCUGCUCGAGCCGCAGGGCGUUCUUAGUGCCAACGAUCAGAGCUGUGAGAUCUAUGCGGGCGGAAAACCCAGUCUGCCGGCGGCCCCCAGCCUGCAGGAGGUGGCCCAGGCACUGGCCGAGGCUGCAUUCAGUCCCAAGAGCAUGGCCAGUCUUAGUCUGGACGAGAAGUCCUCCACGGACGGCUCUCAAGGUCAGGCAAGCAAUGACACCGCUGUGGUGGCUCCUGCUUCUGCUCUAGCUCCCGCCUCUCUGCAGCCGACUCCCACACCCACGCUUGGCGGCUGGCGGAAGUCGCACGACGAGCUGCCACAAUCACCUCGUCUGGCUUCGCGGCACAGUUCACCGAUGUCCAGCAGGCAGGGAUCGUUGCGGCGCCGAAACAAGAGCGUUCCGCGCAACUCGUACGAAGACUACGAGGAACGGGCCAUACCUACGCUGCGACACUGUCGGAUUUCAGUGUUGCAUGACGACUCGUUUGCCGUAGACUUAGCUCCUCCAAUGAUUUCCAACACUGGCGGCAGCCAGUAUUCAAAUACUAAUGAAUUUUUAAGGGAGUGCCAAGGCAACGCGCUGCUGGAAGCGGAUCCCAAUCGGGGGCGCUCGCGCUUGAACGACCGCGAGCGCCGCCAGGCAGCCCUCCCUAUCCUGGUCUUUGGCAGUGAAUUGGUGGAGCAGUUUUACUCCCGGCAAUUUCAGGAUCGCGAAGAUGGCUUGUUGCGCCUGCGCAAUUUCCUUAAGGAGCACGAAGUCGAGGAGGAAGCGCCUUGUAACGAGCACGCCGCUAGUCCGAACAAGGUAGCCCGCAGCGCUGCACUACUUCUCCACCGAGCGGUACGAGACGCAGUGUAUUCUGUGUUUAACCAGGCAACGGAAACGGUGCGGGUUCUGUUCCUGGAGUAUGUACCAGGACGUGUUUCGCCCAGCGAAGUGGCUCGAUGUGUGGACCGCCUACUGCCCGAGCUGCUGGCAAAGUCCGGUGACCCGUCGGCCCGAUUGCACACUCUCGCGCAGCACACGAUACUGAGUAUAGCCGCCUGUCCGGAGGUGGCGGAGCAGCACUUGGUCGCCCCGGCCCUGUCACGUAGCGUCGGUUCCGGCACUCACCAACGUCUGGCCAUGAGUCGUCUUCAAAUGCUAGAGCAACUGGUCCAUACACAAGGCAUCAGCACGGAUAAGCAUAGCGGUCUCACCUGCCGGGCACUUUCCGAGUGCGGCUGUUCCGGCAUCCACCAUCCUGCGGAGCCUGUGCGAAAGGUGGCUGAGCGUAUCCUGCUUCUCGUCUACAAAGUUAAUCCCCGCUUGGUGCGCAAACAGCUGCCUCCCGAUGACGAUAUUACGCGUAGGAAUCUCCUGUACCGUCAACUCUUCACCGAGUUUGAUAAGCUGGAUCUGGACCGCAAACAGGAGUUGCUCGAGGCCAACAAGUACCCGGGAGGUGGUCACAGUUCGGGUGAUGCGACAACGCCUCCGGCGGAAAAGGCCUCCACUAGUUCGGAUGCCACGCGAAUAAAAAGCCGCAGCGCACAAGGUCUGGUCGUUCCACUCGCCAGCUCCAGCAAUGGUUUUUCGAGCUGCAAUGGGAAGCAGCAGUAUAAUGAGCAACUGAAGCGCUCUAUGCUAUCCGCCUCAAACUCUCGCAAGGGUUCCGCGUCUAACUCAGAGUCCACCGAGGACAACUCUCCCAAAAUACAUUGCCCCUUCUGUGACUGGUCAUGUUCUGGCAGUGACGUAAACCAACUAGAUCGCCACUAUUGGAAGUCAUGUCCUUUCCUCACCAAGUGCCCACAGUGCAGUCAAGUGCUGGAAGUAGCGGCCCUUAACUAUCACCUUACAAUGGAAUGUGAUGCCAAGGAGAGCUAUGUUGUCUGUGCCCGUUGCACUGAAUCGGUGCAUAAACAACUUUAUGAACUGCAUCAAAUGGAAGACUAUUGCCGAGAACUUAAAACUGGGGCCGCUCGUUGCCCACUCUGUCAUGACGACGUUCACCUGCCCCAGGAUGGCGGCUGGAAAUUGCAUCUGCUUAGUGCCGGCGGUUGUCCUGGGAAUAUACGCAAAAAGAAUCUCAAAAAGUCAAAUUAAUCGAGCAAUCUAUUGGCAUUCGUAGCGAAUUUAUUAGAGCAACUAACAAAUAAAAAUACUAACCCGGAGACACUUACUCAACCGAGCUAAUAACUACUUGCAACUGCAAUAGCCAUAAGCGUUAAUUAAAUAAAUAUGUUUUACACUCUA